AUGAAGUACGCCACCGUCGCCACUGCCCUCUUCGCUGCUGUCCUUGCCAGCCCCACUCCUCCAUGCGAGCCUUCCAGGGACCCUUCCUGGGGCCCAACAUGGACUCCUGAGAGUCAGAUGGUGAUUAUCAACAACUACACGUUCAAAAGCAACGGUGGCGACAUGGAAGCUCAUUUCGACAUGCACGUCGACACCGCCACAGACAUCCACUGCGACAUGGGCUUAACCAGGGACAUCCCAUCUAUGGUCUACCCGUGCUCAGACGGUGUGCACAGGGCUGGCUUCAUCAAGAGCCCCAACAUCACCGACGCCACUCCUGGUCUGGCCCUCUACAACGCGAUUGACACUGCCGUCGGCAAGCAAUACCUUGGCCCCGGUCCUCAAGUCAAGUGCGGAUAUUCUUCUGGGAACGAUAUGUAUUGCACUCAGACCACUGAGUUCAUCGCCUGGCUCAACUAG